UAAUCCCACCCUUAACAAAGUGUCUGCAAUUUUCUCUCUCUUCAAAGGUUCUGCACUGCUUGUUCCUCUGUUGUUCAGAGAAGAAGAGAUUCAGACCCGAUGAGAGCGAGGGGAGAGAUAGAGAGGCGAAUUCAAUGUUGCUACCAAAUGAAAACGGAUGGUGGUUUGGAAGAGGCACUCUCUCGCUUUGAAGGUAUGCUCAAGUCCUCACUCAAAUCCUCUCUUUCAACCUGCAAUCUCUUGUUGGGGUCCUUCGAGAGACCAGGCCAGGCUUCCUCUUUCUAGAAAACCAUGGUGGCAGCUGGAAUUUCACCUGAUAUUCAAAUCUUGCACACAUUGUUGAGGUGUUUUGCCAAUUCCAGAGGACCCAUUUUGAGCUUGGGGUGGUUAUUGGUCUCAUUCAGAAGCUUGGUUACCCUCUCUCUGUCUUCCUAUUGAAUAUGGUGAUGGAAGGACAGUGCAAGGAGGGGCAGUCGGGAGGGCGAUGGAGCUCUUCUAUGGCAUGGAGAAGCACUAGCUUUCACCUGAUUUCGUUAUAUUUAGCACUCUGAUCAACGGGCUCUGCAAAGCCCAUAAGGUGGAAGAGGCCAUGGCUAUGCUCAAAGUGAUGGGAAAGAAAGGAUGUCAACCAAAGGUGGUGACGUAUACCGUACCCACGGAUGGUCUUUGCAAAGGGGGAAUGACAGAAGAGGCAAUGCCCUUGUUAGAGGAGAUGUAUGGCAAUGGCUUGAAGCCGGAUGUCUUUACAUUUAACAUUUUGAUCAGUGGACUUUGCAAAGCUGAUAAGGUGGAAGAAGCCCUGGAUUUGUACAAAGAAAUGGGGAAGAUAGGCUGUCAACCAGAUGUUGUCACAUAUAGCACUCUCAUUGAUGGCCUUUGCAAGGGUGGGAGAAUAGAGGAGGCAAUGUAUUUGUUAGUGGAGAUGUAUCACAAUGGUUUGAUACCAAAUGUUGUCAAAUAUAGUACUCUUAUCAAUGUGCUAUGCAAAAUAAAUAAGGUGGAAGAAGCCUUGACUUUACUGAGAGAAAUUGGGAAGAUGGGACGUCAACCAAAUGUUGCCAUGUAUAACACACUCAUUAAUGGCUUUUGCAAGGGUAGGAGAAUAGAGGAUGCAAUGUCUUUGUUGGGAGAGAUGUAUCGCAAUGAAUUGAACCCAAGUGUUGUUACAUAUAGCACUCUUAUCAAUGCUCUCUGCAAAAUAAAUAAGGUAGAAGAAGCCUUGGUUUUAAUCAAAGAAAUGGGGAAGAUGGAAUGUCAACCAAAUGUUGUCACGUAUAACACAUUCAUUGAUGGCCUUUGCAAGGGUGGGAGAAUAGAGAAUGCAAUGUCUUUGUUGGGAUAGAUGUAUCACAAUAGCUUGAACCUAGAUGUUAUCACAUAUGGCACUCUUAUCAAUGCGCUAUGCAAAAUAAAUAAGGUAGACAAAGCCCUGGCUUUGUACAAAGAAAUGGGAAAGAUGGGAUGUCAACCAGAUGUUGUUACAUAUAACACUCUCAUUAAUGGUCUUUGCAAGGGUGGGAGAAUAGAGGAGGCAAUGUAUUUGUUGGUGGAGAUGUAUCACCAUGGCUUGAAACCAAAUGUUGUCACAUAUAACACUCUUAUCAAUGUGCUAUACAAAAUAAAUAAGGUGGAAGAAGCCUCGGCUUUAUUCAGAGAAAUGGGGAAGAUGGGAUGUCAACCAGAUGUUGUCACCAAUAGCACACUCAUUGAUGGCCUUUGCAAGGGUGGGAGAAUCGAGGAUGCAAUGUCUUUGUUGGGAGAGAUGCCUGACAGCUUGAACCCAAAUGUUGUCACAUAUAACACUCUUAUCAAUGUGCUCUGCAAUAAAUCACUCUUAUCGAUGCGCUAUGACAAAAUAAAUAAGGUAGAAGAAACCUUGGCUUUACUAAGAGAAAUGGGGAAGAUGGGAUGCCAACCAAAUGUUGUCACAUACAACACACUCACUGAUGGCAUUUGCAUGGGUGGGAGAACAGAGGAAGCAAUGUUGUUGUUGGAGGAGAUGCAUCACAAUGGCUUGAAACCAAAUGUUGUCACAUAUAGCACUUUUAUCAAUACGCUAUGCAAAAUAACUAAGGUGGAAGAAGCCUUGGAUUUAUUUAGAGAAAUGGGUAAGAUGGGAUGUCAACCAAAUGUUGUCAUGUAUAACACACUCAUUGAUGGCCUUUGCAAGGGUGGGAGAAUCGAGGAUGCAAUGUCUUUGUUGGAAGAGAUGUAUUGCAAUGGCUUGAACCCAAAUGUUGUCACAUAUAACACUCUUAUCAAUGCGCUCUGUAAAAUCAAUAAGCUAGAAAUGGAGAAGAUAAGGUGUCAACCAAAUGUUGUCAUGUAUACUACUCCGAUAGAUGGUCUUUGCCAGGAUGGGAGAACAAAAGAGACAUUGGCAUUGUUUGAAGAGAUGCACCACAAUGGCCUAAAUCCAAAUGUUGUCAUUUAUAUUGCCUUUAUAAGUAUGCUAUGUAAAAGAAAUAAGGUGAAAGUAAACUUGGCUUUGUAUAAAGAAAUGGAGAAUAAAUGAUGUCAACCAGAUGCCGUCACAUAUAAUACAUUGAUAAAACAUGAACUUACUGGGAGUGUGGUCCCUCGUGGAUAUAUAUAUAUAUUCUCCGACAAGAUCACACUAGUAUUUCUUUCAAGGAGAGCAGAGGAAGUGAUGUCGUUGUUGGAGGAAAUGCAUCACAAUGGCUUGAACCCAGAUGUGUUCACUUAUGGCACUCUUAUGAGUGUGUUAUGCAAAAGAAACAAGGUGGAAGAAGCCUUGGAGUUGCAAAAAGAAAUGGGGAAGAGAGGAUGUCAACCGGAUUUUGUCACUUAUAACACACUCAUCAAUGGUCUUUAUGACGAUGGGAGAAUAGAGGAAGCAAUGUCUUUGUUGGCGGAUACGUAUCAUAAUGGCUUGAAGCCCGAUGUUGUAAUGUAUGACACUCUUCUAAAUGUGCCAUGCAAAAGAAAUUAGGUGCAAGAUGCCUUGGCUCUAGAAAUAUCAAUUGAGAAGAUAGGGUAUCACCUGAGUCUGUCAUGUACAAUAUCCUGAUAGAUGGGCUUUUGCAAGGUGGGAGAACCAAGGAGGCAAUGUCUUUGUUAGAGGAGAUGUAUCACAAUGGCUUAAACCCAAAUGUCAUUACAUUUUCGGACUUUGGUAGAUGGCUUUGAAAUACCAACAUAUUAGAAGAUGUGAGGCAUACUUGGAGGGAGUCAAACCAGGAAGUGGACGCUUUAGCUAAGGAGGCGGAUGCCCAACUAGGCUCUUAGGUUCUUCGUUUUGGAUCAGCUUCUUUUUUGGCUGUUGCGUUGAUUCCACUUCUAUGUAACUCUUAAAAAGAUGACUUUUUGAUUCUGUGUUUUUUCUCCCCCGGGUUUUCUUUUAGAUGGAGCUUCCGCCUUGUGGAUGGCCUAUGUUUCUCGGUCGGUUGUACUUUCUUCUCCCAUAUAUUAAAGAUUAACAUUAUCAAAAAAAAAAAGAAGAUGCCUUGGCAUUGCACAAGGAAAUGGGGAAGAUAGGGUGUCUACCAGAUGUCAUCACGUUUAUUUCCAUGACAAAUGAUCUUUGUGAGGAUGGGAGAACAGAAGAGACAAUGGCAUUGUUAGAAUAGAUUUUCUACAAUGUACUCAACCUGAAUGCACAUAUACCUCUCUUACAAGUAUGCUAUAUGAAAGCCAAUGGUGUUGAAGGAGCCUUAGGAUUAUGCCAAGAACUGAGGAAGUAAGGUUGUCGGCCUGUUAUUAUCACAUUUAACUCUCUCAUGGAUGAUCUUUGCAGGGACAAAUAGAGGAGGCGGUGUCUUUGUUGGAAAAGAUGAACUCUAAUGGUUUAAACCCAAAUGUUUCCACGACCCUUAUUUUUUGGGUGAAUCAGUGCGGAAUUGGGCCCCUACCUGUUUUAUUAGAAAAGAAUGAAAUAUCGUACAAUGGAGAUCAUUUUAAAACCCUAUCAAGGGGGACACAAGCAACAUCGUAUGAAAGUAGGAGAAGCAAAAAAUCUGUUACCUCCAUACUGUAGCCUUUGAAAGGGUGAUUACCAUAUAUAGCUCUCUUAUAUAUGUCCCAUGCAAAUCUAAAAAUGUGUAACAAUCCUUGAUCUUUUCAAGGAACUGCGAAAGAGAUGUUUCUAUCCUAUUAUUAUUACGUAUAACAAGCUCAUAGAUGGGUUCUGCAAGAUGCGUAAGGUGGAUGAAGCAAUGAGUGUCUACCAUGAAAUGAUCAAUUUGGAG